UGCGUCGUUUGGCGUCCGUCUCUUAGCAACGAGCCCGUAAGCAAGCGUAGGGCAGUCCAGUGCGCACGCGCAUUUCAGAAUAUGGACCCACUACGUAAACAAUGCAGCUCAGCGGUGAAGAUGUCUGGAAGUGCCACUGUCCCUCAGCGCUGCCACAUCGGACUCCAGCAGUUAGAGGCCCUAGCUGCCACCACACACGGCUUUCUGGGCCCCAACAAACGGCCCAAGUUCAUCCUGGAUGAAGACGCCGGGGAUGCUGUGUUGGUCAGCUCCUGUUCCCGUCUGCUUGAGCAUAUCGAGCUGGACGGCUCAGUCGGACAACUGCUACAUGAGAUGAUACAGGCACAGCAGAAGGUCUUCCACUCUGGCACGGGUGCGCUGGUGUUUCUAGCCGGAGUCUGGAGUAGAGUUGCUUUAGAGUGUCUAAACAGAGGAAUAACUGUGUUAGAUAUCAAAACAGCCAAGGAAGGACUGGAUGUGUGUUUGGAGGUAUGCAAUCAAUCAGCUGUAAGUGUGGAAGAAGUUUCUUGCCAGAAACUAAAGGAGCUCAAACCUACUUCAGCUCUUAAAUCUGAAAAUCAGGACUCAGAGAUGCAGAACGUGGAUGUUAAACUCUCUCAGAAUCUCAGGUUGACACUCAAACACAGCAGACACUUUAAUUCACAGACUGAAAACACACAAACAGCUCUGAAUGACGUGAGUCGCAUAGCACAAGCCGUCAGCCACGGAUGCGACUCCUCCAUGCGUUUAGUUUUAAAAGCAUGCAAGUUGCAAUCCAAAAUCACAGAAGAUGCACAAAACAGAUCUUUGGAUAUUCAAAAGCUGGUCACGUGCCUCAUUCCAGGCAUGUCUGAGGAGGAAUCAUGUGUGUUACGUGGCUUUGUCACAUUGCUGUCAGUCGAACAGGCCUCUGUGGUUCGGUGCCUUCAGGGUCAGGCGUUAAAUAUCGCUUUGGUGAACGGCGAUUUGUGCGAGAAGUAUCGCCACGUGGGUUUCAACAGGCCUGCGAAUGUCGUGCACAUCACAGAUCGUGCUAACAUGUCAAGCGUGAGUCUGGAAGAGCGUUGGCUUGAGGAUGCAUUACGAAAACUGCAUGAACUCAGCAUUGAUGUUGUGCUUGUGAGCGGCUCGGCUGGAGUGAAACUCAAAGACAGAGUUCUCGGUGCAAACGUGCUGGUUGUCGAAGGUGUUAAAAGCAGCGUUUUGAAUGACUUCAGCACACGCACAGGCGCCAUCACGGUUUCAUACGUCACACAGAUUGACGAGAACUGCGUGGGACGGGGUGUUACAGUCAGUCCAUGGAGAGAUUUCAGUGGAAAAAAUGAUUUAGUCGCGGUCAGCAUUGUGACUGUAAGCACAUCUCUGGUCACGGCGGUCAUAUGCAGCUCUGUAUCUGCUAAAGUACAAAGCUUGGAGGAUCAGUUCUGGAGCUGUGCUCAUCGGUUGCACCAAGCGCUCACAGAUGGGAAGUUGCUGCAUGGCGCAGGAGCCACCGAGCUCCUUUGCAUCCAGCAGCUUCAUCAAUCCAGGCAGACAGAGAUGGAAAACCCACAGGAAAGUGUGGUGCUGGAGCUGAUGGCCGAAGCCUGGAUGGAUUACGUCUCCACUUUGAUGCUGAACAGCGGCUCGGUGGAGUCUAAAGCAGAGGCUUGGACGGCUAUUGCACAUCGGAUGAGGCUUUAUAAAGAGGGAGAAGCCAUAUCAGGGGAUACAGAUGGAGCUGGUGUGUAUGAUAACCUGACUGUGAAGUCUGAAGCCUGGAGGAGAGCUCUUGAUCUGGUGUUUUUGGUGCUUCAGUCUGACACAGAGAUCAUUACAGGUGUCAGUGAAGGAGAACAUGUUAACAGUGAGCUCAUGUAUCUUUGAUAUCUGAGGCAUAAUUCAUUUUUCAAAAAGAAUUGAAAUCUUUUUUUUUUAUUUUCAUUAUAUAUUGUUUACUCUGAAGAUGCUUGAGUUGUUUUCUAUUCAAGUAGGCUGGAAAUGUUUUACGAAAAAAUAUUCUUUGGUACAUGAUGUUAUGAGUGCGGUUCUGAAAAUGUGCGUAAUAUUUCACGAGCUGAAAAAAAUUAAUGGAAAUGUGAAAGUAAAAGUUUUAAAAAAGUAUUUUUUUUAUUAUUAUUAUUUACUAUUUGUCUGGUUUAUACAAAAUAAAUUUAAAUUGGAAAUGUAGAAAUGAUUAAGUCUAAUAUAUGAUUACAUAAAAUGCCUAAAAAAAGGAGUAAAUACAUAAAUUCAGGACUAAAUUCUCUAGGAAAAAUUGGUUUAUUAUUUAUUUAUUUAAUCAUUCAUUCAUUCAUUCAUUCAGUAUAGCCUACAUAUUUGGAUUUGUAUAUUAUUAUUAUUUUAUUUUUUUUAAAUAAUAUAGUCUUUUCAUUGUUUGAUAGAAAGGUAACAAGUACAGAUGGUAAUACCAAGAUGUUGUUUUUAAGUACAUUGGUAUAAUAUUUUAUAUCUAUAUAUCCUUCAAAUGCUCAUCUGAUUUUCAUUUGAACCUCUUGUUUUUUUUUUUUUUUUUUUUUUUUUUUUUUUUUUUUUUUGCUUACAAUACUGCCACAAAGUGGGCAUAAAUGUGCACUGCAUGUAAAGACCAUGAUAGACCAUAAUAUUUUUUUUUUUUUUUGUCAAGGUGAACUGAUGAUUGGAGGCGCCUGAAUAAAAUACUGUGAUUGUGUGAUAUUACAAAGGCAACGUGUUAUUUCCUACGUUAAAUAAUUGGGUUGUAUAUCGUAAACGUAACAUAUUUUACUUUUAUUUUGAAAAUAUUUAUUUGGAUUACGUUUAAAGCAUAUAUCUUUAUUUCCAAUCUGCUAUUAAAGUAAUGUAUGAAUCUGAAAAGAAAUAUGUUCAAGUCAGAUCAAGUUUAUAUGCAUGGCACUACAAUAAAUAGCAUUCCAAAAAAAUGUUCUAUACUGAAUUAUAUGGAGAUUAUUUUAUUUAUAGUGAAAACUAGGUCGGUCAGUACAGCUCACAGCAGAUGAGUACAAAGCGGAAUGAAACUGACUAUAUAAAUGUUUUUAAAAAAUAAUCUUAAAUUUGCGUUAAACACAUUUUAAUUAAUGUAGUAAAAUAACAUAUUAACCGGGAAAAAAAAUAACUUUAACAUUUUAAGGGUACCUACACAUAUUCAAGUUUGUA